GAGCGGAAGUUGUAAAUCAAGGCCGAAGUCCGGCAAAUGAAGGGCGGAAGUACAUGCCCAGUGCUGCAACUAUGGCGCAGGCAGAGGAGGAUGUCAGAGAUUAUAAUUUGACUGAGGAGCAAAAGGCGAUCAAGGCCAAGUAUCCUCCAGUCAAUCGGAAGUACGAGUAUUUGGAUCAUACAGCGGAUGUCCAGUUACACGCAUGGGGAGAUACUCUGGAGGAAGCAUUUGAACAGUGUGCAAUGGCCAUGUUUGGUUACAUGACAGAUACUGGGACUGUGGAGCCUCUCCAAACAAUAGAAGUAGAAACCCAAGGAGAUGACUUACAGUCUCUUCUGUUUCACUUUUUGGAUGAGUGGCUUUAUAAGUUCAGUGCUGAUGAAUUCUUCAUACCCCGGGAAGUAAAAGUACUUAAUAUUGAUCAAAGAAAUUUCAAAGUACGGUCAAUUGGGUGGGGAGAAGAGUUCUCAUUGUCCAAGCACCCUCAGGGAACUGAAGUCAAGGCAAUAACAUAUUCAGCAAUGCAAGUGUAUAAUGAAGACAAGCCAGAAGUUUUUGUGAUCAUUGACAUUUAAGAUAACAACCAAAAAAGACUCUUAUGAAGAACUUUCUCUUCCUUUUGAGAAAAUAACUUGAUAUAAAUUCUGCAGUAUCUGUUGAUAUAUGGAGAUUUGCAGAACAGAAACUUUUAAAGUGUGAUUUUCAGAAAUGGAAAAUCAAGGCACAGCUUUGGUCUCUGUGACCCAAAUACUCAAACUUCAAAGAAUUCUUCAGGUGGCAAGUGUGGUCCCCAUAUGUUAAUCCCCUGCUGUGGCAGUAGGCCCACCCUUCCAGUGGAAUGCAAGCCCUCCAAUCUGGUGCCAAGAGGGAUGAUUGAUGUAAGCAGCAGCCAAGAGACUAAAGCUUCCAUACUCUUAAUGAAUCCAGUUUGAAAGACAAAUAAUUAGAGAAAUCCUACAACCAGGAUUUUGCUUUUUUUUAAAAAUCGUAUGCUUUCUACAUGUACAUUAAGAGAGGUUGUGUUUUACAUUGCCGAGGGACAGAGCCAUCUUGUAUUCCAGUUGGUUUUCUUAGAAUAUAGUUGAAUAGUUCAACGACUUCCCUAGAAAGAGCCCUGAAUUUCUCUUUCAUGUUUUUUUAAAGCACUAAUGUAUUGACACUUGCCUGUUUUCCCAUAAGAAAAAGUUGAUGCCCUUAUAAAUGGGCCCUUCCUUCUAACAUGUAAUUUUAUAUUAAAGCCAGAGUAUUUAUACAAUUAGAGAAGAAAGGAGAAUUAAAAAAAAUUUUUUUGUUCUUCAUUAGGCCAGGAAAACAACUUUAAAAUGAUCUGAAUUUUUCAGAGUAGAUAGCUUUUAAGAAAUGGAACUGCUUUAAUUUGAUUUGCAACAUUAUUCUAUUCUCUGUUGUAUGCUUUGUUAUGAUACAAGAGUUUGCAAAGUUGUUAUUUAUUCACACAUACAUGAGAAAGUACUGCCACUGGGUGGUGCCAAAUGUCAUUAUAGUAUGGUAAACUUGACCUGAAAGGAAGAGAUUAUGAACUUUCUAGUUCUGUGAGCACUGCAUUAUUUUUCUCUGCAUAGUUGACAGAAAGCAGAGUUAGUGAAGACUAGGCUAGGAGCCUGUGGUUUGAGUAGUACCUCUUCAAAAGCAUACAUAGCAGGGUCACCAGCAUAGUGCUGCUUAACCUUCUUUAAUCUUGGGCAUAUUUUGCAAAUUUGAAUUGUGGCCCUCCAAGCAAAAGGUGCCUGGAAGAACCUCUUUACUUUUUUUAAGAUGAAUUUCCAGCCAGAGAUAGGGCUUUUUUCCAUAGAUCCCUUUGCACAUCAGGGGUUUCUUGGAUGGUGUGGGGGGUUGAUUAUGAAAAUCAACAGUAGGAUACCAUGAGGCCAAUGGAAGAGCCGAACCCAGAGUAAGAAGAGUUUUUGGGAUGUAUUACGCCAAGUACGGUACAACCUGAUUAGGAAUAAAAGCAUAGCGAUAUCUUUUAGCACCAGUACUAUAUAAUGGGGUUCAGUAAAACCAAGUCAGAUGUCGUGAUGGAAUACAAAUUUUAUUUCUUUAUUCAUAAUAAAUUUAUACUUAAUACAAUUUCAUUAAAAUUUAAAAUUUA